AUGAGAAGCGCCAUCGAGGCCAAGUCCCGAGAAACGCAGGAGACGACUAGCAAGUCGCUGAUCGAGUUCCUGUGCGCGCGGGCGGGUGACGGCUGGGCAAAACCUUCGCAGGUCAGAGUCGAGCAGGACGUCGUGGAGGCGUGGGAGCUGCAGCGUCGGGUCACCGUCUUCCAUACGACGUGGCGGGCGCCCUUCCUGCCCCACGACGGACAGAAGCACCGGCUGCUCGGCGGGAAGGCCAAGGAGCCCUGCGCGCGGGCCGAGCGCCCGCCGCUGGGCCCCCCAGGCGGCAGGUCCGAGCCGUGCAUCGGCUGGAAGGUCGUCAGUGCGCCCGAGGGGGGCCCGUGCGACCCCGAUGGGUGGCAGUACGGCUUCGACUUCUACGAGGGCCCGUCCUACUGGGGGCCGGAGCAGCGGUUCGCCCAUGUGCGCCGCAGGCUGUGGCGGUGGAUUGCGAACGAGCAGGAGACUCGCUGUGGGCUGCCGCUCGUGAGCCUCCCACCGCGGAUGCUGGAUCGCAGGCCUGCCGCCGCAGCAGCACUGCGGCGUUGCUGCUGGCCCUCGCCGCGCUGGCGGUGGCGAUUCUGGCGGCUGUGCUACUGGUAG